AUGAAGACUGAUAAGUUGCAGCAACAAGGUGCGGCUUAUAAUAAGAGCAAAAAGAAAAAGAAGUCAAUCAAGGAUAAUGCAUCCUUUGACGACGUGGACAAACGGAUACAAAUUCCAGUGGCUACACGUAUGAAAAUGCAAAUGAAUCUCAAGAUGAAUGCUAGUGUUACUAAUAAUGCAACCAAUGAGGACACACGACUGUUGCGUUCAGGCAUUGACCAGUACCGUACUCUACAACAAUUAAACAAUACAUCCAAUAGUACAACACGGCGGUCCCGUGGCUCUGUCGAUCGAGCCAUGGAACGAGGGAUUUCUCUUAUGGAGAAGAAACAAUUUGGGGCUGCUGUCCCUUACUUUACCGAGGCUUUGGACUUCCUGACAUUGACUACUUCACCUGAAGUAGGAACAAGCAGUAGUACCGUUAAAUUGUACCAUCAACGCGGUUUGUGUUACUUAGCGUCACACAAGUACAAAUGUGCCAUUGAAGACCUCUCUCGAGUCAUGCACAUGACACCCAAGAGUGCUGAGCUUUAUGCGAAAAGAGGAAAAGCCUAUGCUGCUCUGGGAGAACACCGUGCCGCAUUACUUGACUACAAUGAAGCCAUUAAUCUUGCUGCUACUCAAGGGUUACUUCAUGAUUAUGGAUUGGAAAGAAAGUGUGAUGGUUUUGCGGCAAGUAGUGCGACUUUAAUGCAAUUACGGGGAUUGUACCUUGCCAGAGCUAAAGUUUACAAAGCCAUGAACAAUAUUACCCAUGCACUGGAUGAUCUUAGCCAAGCCGAGAGCUCAGCAGGUGGAAAUCGUGACCUUGAACUCUUUUAUGAACGAGCACACUUGUAUCUCCAGUGUCAUCAAGAACCAUUAGCAUUGCAGGACUUUGAUAGAUUUUUAGAGCUACAGGAAGAAGCAGAGGAGGGGCGACAUUUUGAUGCUUCCGGAGGGGUAGGUGGACUUGCAGGCUUUGUAGCUCCUUUGGAAAUGGAGACAGCAUCUAAAGCUCGAACGCUGGAUGUGUUGCUGGAGAGAGCCAAGUUACAGCAACGAAUGGCGUUGGAAGAAGAUGCUCGGGAACGGAAAGACGUUGAACUAGCUGCAGUGGAACAGGGACUGUCGAUGCAAAAUUCUAUUAAGAGGAGAUUAAAAACUUUGACAUAUACAUCCGUCCCUCCCAAGCCAGCACCAUAUCGAGGUAUUGAGUCUCGAAGGCUGGAGAAAUGUGCUUAUCGUGAUUAUUCGAGAGCACUGGAACUAGAUUCGAGUAAUGCAGAGACAUUUCGAUUGCGUGGUGAAUCACUCGUACAUCUUGCACGGUACGAGGACGCACUGGUGGAUUUUGCAAGUGCAUUCGAGCUUGAUCCUCACGAUUUUCAGGUGCGUAUGGGCCGGGCAAAGCUUUUUCGCCAGCGUGGAGAUUUAAAAGGUGCUGUGGAAGAAGUUACUGCAGUAUUGCGUGUAAAUGGCUUUUUUAUCAAUGGACUGAAACUGCGAGCGCAGUUAUAUGAAGAGUUGGGGGCUAUUAAAGAAGCGGAGGAGGACUAUUCAUCUAUUGUUCACGCGCACUUUGACAACACUGGAAUUGAAGAGGCUGCUUCUACUGGGAAAGUUACAAUGGAGCUCGCGUCCGGUGGGACUCUAAAUCUUGGCGGUCACGGGGCGAAGUCUUCUCAGUUGUCAGGGAAGAAUGCAAAAACUGGAAAGAUCACGAGUGAAGUUGCGGCGCAAGCCCUGCUUUGUCGCGCCCGGUUGCGCUUAGCUAGUGAGCAGUUCAAUGCAGCAGAAGAGGACUACCAGACAAUUUUGAACUCGUUUGCCAACAACAUGGAAGCGCAGUUGGAGUUGCAAGAGACCUGCGAGCGCAAAGCUGCUUUUGAAGAAAGGAAACAGCGUGAGGCUCUGGCAUGGCUCGAACAGAAUGCCGACGAUAUUGAUGGUGCUGGUGUUUUAAACGCAAACGGGAACGUGUCGUCCGUAAAAAAUAAGAAAAAGAAAAAGAAGAAAAAGAAAAAAUCUAGCAGUAGCAAUGUUGUCGCUACUGGUACGAACGGGAAGUUCCCUGUUGGAUAUGUGUUGCUGGAGGACGAAGAGGAGUUGCUCCAGCAGCAGGAAAAGGAAGAGCAGAAUCAGAUACAGCAGGAACUGGCACGCGAGAACCGGAAGCCAAAACAAACGCAGUCACAAAACAUGCGAAGCGAAAUGAAGACAAUGGAGAGCAAAGAACAGUCCUCUUCCCCUGGGAUUUUGCAGGAAAUGCCAGAAAAUGAACGAGGCUGUCAGAGUGUUGUCGUUGAAGCUUCUGUGGACGAUGAAAUAAUCGAUCAGCAGAGGACGGAAUCGGUGGCGACAAUGCUCUGCAGCGAAGACGUAAUGUUGGAUAAAAGUGACGAAGCGCAGUUGCGUAAACUAUCGAGUGAAAGUCUCCAAGAGGUCGCUGAUCAACAUGGAGAAAGCACAACCAGAGCCAUUACUAUCCCGCACAAUGUGGUUGUGGCGAACGUCAUGACUCGAGAUGAAGCAUGGGAGAGCAUGUGGGACGAGGAAGCUGAUGAGCCGUUAGAAACUGGAGCAGUUAGGAUACAAAUCCGGGCGCACUCUAGUGAUGGUGCGGAAGAUAAGGACCAGACCGAGAUUGAGACUCUGACAGUUGAUGAUGUUUCUUUAGACGAACAUAAGAAAAUCAGGCUGCUUAAUGACGAAGACGACACAUCUACAUCUAAAAAUGUGGACCCGACUCCUUCUAACGCUGACGACGAAGCUAAUGAUGAGGUUUCAGGCAGCAGCGACGAUGGAAAGGAUAGUCAGGGCAAAGCAAAGGGGGUACUUGUGGAUGAGAAAUACUUGAAGAAACGCGAAAAACAACUGAAAAAGUUGCGUGCAUGCCUACAGCAUGCAUCUGAUGAGCGUGACAAGAGUGCAAUUGACGAGGCGUUAGCACGUGCCGAGCGCAAGCAAAUGAGUGACGCUUUGCAGGAUGAUAUCCAACGUGCCCGCGAUGUUUUGAUUGAUUUGGCAGCAGAAGCUCAACAGCUACGUGAAUCUUUGCCUCAAAGUUCUACUCCGAGCCCAACCUCAGGUACUGGGCACGGGCGAAUGCAUCAUUUCCCGGUAACGCCUACUACAUCACAAUCGAAUGCAAAUCCCGGGAAGCUGCCUUCGCUCGUGAUACGGCCUAUUGCUUAUGGUCAGGCAUUAAAAGCUGCAGAGCAACACCAGCAGGAGUUGCGAGCACACCAGAAGCUUCUUGAAGAAAAGGAUGCAGAGAUCGCACGGCUGAAGAGUCUCUUGGCGCAAGAUGAGUUAUGUCAAAAUAUAACUCCCCAAGAAGAGGUACGCAGAAUAGAGGCCCGCGCUCAUGCCAAGUCAGCAGCUCUUGCGCGCCGAGUAAGUCGUUUGCGAACACAAUUUCCUGUGCAGGGUGCAGCAGCACGUCAGGCUGAAGCACUAAUUGAGUGGAUGGGUCCAGGUGAUGCUGCUGACCGCGUUCGACAACAAGUUCUCUCUUUUGUGCAGCGUGUAAUAACUGCACAUUUCCCUCUGGCAGCGGCACCGCUGUUCUUUGCGACUGGAUCCUACCCAAUGAAGACGUACCUACCAGGGUCGGAUUUGGACGUUUGUUUGCUGGUGCCGCAAGAACUGGAAUCGUCGUGGUACUAUAUUGUCACCCAGGCAUUGUGCGUUGCUGGAGGCAGUGGUGGGGUCGGAACUGUGCUGGACAUCGGUACCGUGGGAGGUGCUUUGGAUGGGGGCAGUACUAGCUUGCCCUCUGGACCUACUGCUGGAAGUGCGAGCGGUCCACUGCUGAUGACGAAUACAGUACGCAAUGUGACUUUUGUCAACGCGGACGUUCGAGUGGUCAAGUGUACAGUUGACAAUAUCCCUGUGGACUUCACGGCAAACCGUGUGGGAGCGUUAGGUGCCGUGCGACUGUUAGACGCUAUGGCGAUUCGUGUGGGGCGGCAACAUUUGCUCAAGAAGAGCCUCAUACUCAUCAAGGCUUGGUGCACGCACGAGUCCAGUCCUUACAUGCAAGCAGCAUCGGCGGAAACUGGUGGGCUUGGGCUGUCGGUGGUAUCAGGAAGCACGCCGUCAACUGUAAUGGGAGCGAGCCAUGGUGCGCUCUCUACGUAUGCUGUGAAUACGAUAGUUAUGGCGCUAUUUAACCAGUACGGCGAUGCUCUCACCCACCCCCUUCAGGCGCUGUAUCUAUUUCUGGAUCGGGUGGCUGAGUUCCCUUGGCACGAGUUGGCUCUCACACUGCAUGGCGCUGUUCCGCUAAAUCGUUUGGCAACCACGCCAUUGAAUGGAACCAUCUCAUCUAAGCUUGAUUACAAUUCUGCCAUGCUGGAUGCGGAUGAUGUUGAAGCGAUUCGCGACGCGCUGAAUGAUCAGUUUGGUGCAUUUGACGCUGCUUCAAAAAGCAGCAGGGGUGCUACGACGGGAUUGUUUCCCAUUCGUGCAUGCAACAUUGUGGAUCCACUUAAUGACAAGAAUAACUUGGCGCGCAGUGUAUCCGCUGAGGGCUUUCCUGUCGUGAAGCGUGCCUUUCGACUCGCAAGGGAUCAACUCGCAGCGAUGCUUGCGCCUCGAUCAUCGCACAAGGACGAUGAUACCGAGCUUCUUGGCGACGAGACCAGGAACGAUGUAGGAAUGGCGUUCUUCGUGCGAUGCUGGCAGCUCUACGGUCGUGGUGACGGAUGGCGGCCAGAUUUGCUGAUUCACCCGAGACAGAUCUGGCAUGGUAAGGCUGCAUCAAAGAAGAAUAAAGCCUCGUCACAACCUCGAGCAGCUUCGGGUUCCCCGGUAGCGGGUAGCGAUGAGGACGAAGAUCGCCGUUGGGAAUCGCUAUUGCCGUCGUUGGACGCUGGUGCUGUGAACGCGCUGCUGCUCCAGCACCAGCAGCUGCAGCAACAAGCCGCAGCAGCAGCGUAUCACCACGACACGAUGAUAGCGUAUCAACAGCCGUACUACGGCCCGCCGCCGCAGCAACACGAACCUCCCGCUAAUUCGCUUGGAGGAUGUCCAGGGCAAAUAUCAGAACUAAUGACGGUCGCAAAUGGAGAGACCGCUGGUCCGCAGCUUGAGGAGCUGUUGAGCUAG